GACUAUGACGUCAGAAUAUAUUGAUAAAAAUAAUUAACAUUUCAGUAUUUUGCUAUAAUUAUUGGAAUAAUUGUUCUACAUAAUUUUACACCAAUUAUUCAGCAAUUUAUCCUUAUUUUUCCAGAAAUAGAAACUGAAACGAGAGUCACAGACGUCACAGUAAUUGUUCAUUCUCAGCAUCAUACCAAAAACAUGGCAACCGGUCAAGAACAAGUAAGUUCUCUUCCACUGCCCCCAGUUCAAUAUAUCACUUUAUUCAGCGAUGAGAAUAUUCGACGGGGUCGAGCUCCCAAGCCUCCUCCUCUGAUUCAAGACACGUACAGUAUGUUUGGAAGAACAUUCAAUGCUGAUGAUCCCAUCAUAAGACCUCUUGAAAGCCAAGGAAUUAAACGUCUAUAUCCUCAACAUUUUGACCGACGUCGAGAACUGAAGAAGUUGAAUCACUCGUUACUGGUCAAUUUUCUGGAUUUAUUGGAUAUUCUGGUAUAUGCUCCCGAAUCUCCAAGACGUACUGAGAAAGUCGACGAUAUAAGUAUUUUAUUUAUUCAUAUUCAUCAUUUACUCAAUGAAUUCCGUCCUCAUCAAGCCAGAGAAACGUUGAGAGUAAUGCUGGAUUUGCAAAAAAGACAACGUAUAGAAACAGCUGUCAGAUUUAGGAAACAUUUGGACAAAGCGAAUGAAAUAUUGCAACAUGCGUUGGAAAAUCUUCCAGAUUCGGAAGUGGAUUCUAGAAUUCUAGCCACUACCGAUAUCAUGGACGAGAGCGAUGCUGAGAAACCGGAAGAAGUGGAUAAAUAUGACAGCUGCACUCCUGAAGAUCGUCUGAUGUGUCAAAUAUUGGAUUCGAUGGAAUUGAAUCGCAAGAGAAAAAGAAAACCGAAAAGUCAGAGUAUUCGUCACGAUAAAGGAAAAGGAAGAACGCAUUUUGGCUUCGAAAAAAUAAGCAGUCAUUCCGGUCGUGUUUUGGCACACGUUUAACGAAGGAUGUGAAUUCUCAAAGUUCUCGUUUCCUAUGCUUUAUCUCUAAACAGUCGUCGUAAUGAGUUAUUUUUCGAAUAUCGAUGAGUUCCACCGAUCAACAGCGAUGCUGUUUCUCGUGAUUGAUUUUAUAUAAAGUCAAAUACGUUGAAAAACAGUAGUUGAGACAGACUUUUGAUCUGAAGAAAGAACUCCACGCCUACGCAUUUAUAUCAAGUUUAUUUAAUCUUAUGCUUAUUGUAAAUUCAUAACGCCCGCAUCUAAUUAUUUAGGCAUUCAAACUCAUUUAGAAAAUAAACAAUAUACAAAUCCGAAAA